GAGGGAAGAGACAGGCUUUGCCUUUUCUGGUAGUUAUAGUUGCUGAAAGAGCAAGCAGGAAUUCUUUGUGCUGUAGCAGAGAGAGCUGAGAUAUAAACCAGACUGUGGAGUUGAUAUACUGAGAGAGGAGGGAGUGCUGCCCAUGGACUAAACCUAAGCGUCCGCUACUCACUACAGCUAAGGUGUGACAACUAAGAGCUCUGAUGUAAGAAAAGCAGGGUCUGAACACAGAAGAAACGCUCCCAGGCCACCAUGGAUGACGACUUUGACCAGCGCAUGGAAUUGAGGAGGCAGAGGCGUGAGCAAAUGCGUCUAGACGCAGAGAAGGGCUUCGGCACAACUGAUGAUGAUGAGGAGGCGGCUCGCGAGCGUAGGAGAAACGCUCGUGAGGAACGAAUGAAAAAGGCGGAGAUGGAGGAGUCUAGCAGCAGCACCGUGACAACAGAGGUCAACAACACUCACAGUGUGACAGAGACAGAGUCCUCCUCCACCGGUGCAGAGGUGAGCUCCUCAGCAGGUGAUGGGGAUGACGUGGUACUCCUGGACCGCCUGGCCAAGCGGGAGGAACGCAGACAGAAGAGGUUGAAAGAGGCACUAGAUAGACAGAAGGAGUUCGACCCUACCAUCACCGAUGGUAAUGAGAACAGCCAGGAGGAGACCUUCCCUAGCGGGCGCCACCGAGGCACAGAGGAGGAGAAGGAGGAGAAACCAGCCCAGGAGGAAGUAACCACCAACUCCUGGAGUAGAGAGGAGGAGAAGGAGGUGAAAGAAGAAGAGGCGACGCCAAAGGAGGAAGAGCCUGAACCCGUCACAGAGCCUGAGAAAGCUGAGGAGGUGGAGGAAGAGAAGAAAGAGGAAGACAUUGAAGAAACACAAAUAGUACAAGAGAAAUGUAUUGAAUUUGUUGUACCCGCUGCACCACUACAAGAAUGCGGGUUUGAAAUAUCAAUUAUGCCCAAGAUGGCAGUAGAGGAUAAAUCUGUUGAUGAGAUCUCUAAGAAAGAAGAGGAAGAAAAACAGAAAAAAGAGUUGGAAGAAAAAGAGGCUGCAGCAAAACUCAAGAAAGAGGCUGAGGAAAAGGCUGAAAAAGAAAGGAAAGAAGCUGAAGAGAAAGCUGCAAAACUUAAAAAAGAAGAGGAAGAGAAAGCUGCAAAACUUAAAAAAGAAGAGGAAAAAGCUGCAAAAUUGAAGAAAGAAGAAGAAAAAAAUGCACAACUCAAGAAAGAGGCUGAAGAAAAAGAAAAGGCUGUAAACCUGAAGAAAGAGGCUGAAGAAAAAGAAAAGGCUGUAAACCUGAAGAAAGAGGCUGAAGAAAAAGAAAAGGCUGUAAACCUGAAGAAAGAGGCUGAAGAAAAAGAAAAAGCUGCAAAACUCAACGAAGAAAAAACUGCAAAACUCAAGAAAGAAGCUGAAGAGAAAGCUAAAAAAUCAAAGCAAGCAGAGGAAAAAAAUAAAGUUGAGGAGGAAAAGUCCAAAAAGCGGGAGGCUGCGAAGGUGGAGUUGGAGAAACCGAAGUUAAGAUCAGUGAGGAAAGACGAAAAGGAGUCCUCCCUCUCCAAGCAGCAGAACGGCGGUGUGGCGCGCUCCGCCGAGGCCGAGGACCAGGAGCGCCUGGAGGCGGAGCGUAAGCUGGAGGAGCUGAAGCGGCGUCGUGACGAGGCGGACAGCGAGGAGUUUGAGAAGAUGAAGCAGAAACAGCACGAGUCUGAGGCCGAGCUGGAGGAGCUGAAGAAGAAGAGGGAGGGGAGGAAGAAGGUCAUUGAGGAGGAAGAGAAGCACAAGAAAGCAGAGCUGGCUGAAAAGAAGGCCAAGGAGCAGGAGGAGAGGAAGAGGUUGAAGGAAGAGAUAGAGCAAAGAAGAAAAGAGGCUGCAGAGAAGAAGAAACAGAUGAUCGAGGAAUCGGGCGACGGAGACAAGAAACCCUUCGCAUUGGGUGUCACGCCCAAGGGCAAGAUUGGGGAGAGAGCAGAAUUCCUGAACCAGAGAGCCCAGAAAGGCUGUAAGACAUCACAUGCUCCUAUUGUCUCCAAGAUAGGCAACAGACUGGACCUAUACACUGCUGCAGUUCAGACCAACCGGGAUGUGAGGUCUCCUAAGUCUCCGGUUUCAGACCUGCCAGAGACACCAAGCAUCCGCAACAUCAAGAGCAUGUGGGAGAAAGGGAACGUUGGGGUGGCCACUGAAAGCCCCAAGCCUAUGAAUAAGGAUGCUGCUGAUAUUAAAGUGGGUGUGGCUGGACUGACCAAAGGCUGGGGCAAGAGCCCAGCAGACACUGGCAAGGCAGCUGCAGCCGCAGCUGAGAAGGCUGACGACCUGAAACCUGUUGACGUGGGCAACAAGCGCAGCCUAUGGGAAACUAAGGGCUCCUCCCCUGCUAAGGUGACAGUUGGAGGCAAGAACAAAUCUGUCACAAAUGCAGGUGUGGGACGCUAAUGAUCAAAAGUAAAAACCCUGAGGAAGAAGCCCAAACUGAUGAAAUACAAGACUCUACUCUGUGUAUUCAUAACCAAAAAUAUCUCCAUAACAGCCCUGCGGGGGUUGGCACCCAUUAUCUUUCAGUUCUGAACAGAAACAUUAUUUUUUUUUGUUCCGUUCCACUGUUCUGACCAGCAAGUUCUGAACCUGUUCGAAACCCCCCAAAAUAAAUAUAGCGUUCCUUUCUGUUCCUUUUUAAACCUCUAAAAUCUAUUUUUCUAUAUGACUUCACCAAUCAUUGCGGAUAGAGCAGCAUGCUAUGGAGUGGGCAAGCUAUAGUUGUUAACAUGCAUUGGACAGACAAGUGUAGGUCACGAGAUGCGACUAAAAUUUUGCGGGUGGGGAGAGAGGGUGGAGGAGGAGGCUUGGCUUGAAGUGCUGGGCAUCUUGUUAUGACAUGCAUUUUCUGAAUUAGACCCACAGAAUUAUAGGUACGGAGGAGCGGCUUCUAUGAAGGAACUUUGAAUGUCUUUGAACUUUCGAGAGUUGGCUUAAUGUUGGACUAGAGCUAUUUAGCUAGAUAACAAGCUUGUGUGUGCUAUAGUGUCCUUAACUAGCAAUGAAAAAGUUAAUCCAUUCUUCUCUACUAAAAAAUCUCUCUCCUUAAUUUCUGAAUCACGCUCGUAACAUCAGUAGGCUACAGUAGCCUAUGCUUCAGAGGGGGUGGGGCAUGUAGCCGACACACACAUAAACACCGGCGAAGAUUUUCAGCUGGCAGGCACACACUGGAAUACGUUUUUGAGUGUGGGCUUUGCAGAGGUGCUUUGUUUUUUUUGUUUUUGUGGGACAGGAAAACCCCAGAAUGUAUAAAAUAACGUUAUUAAACAGUUCCCAUGCUUGAACAAUAAUGCUUCUGUUCCAGAACAGUAUACUCUAGAUCACUUUAAUUCCUGGUUCUGAUUCUGUUCAUCGAAAGAUGUCAUUAUUUUCCGGUCUGAUCCCUGAAACGGUUCCAACCCCUCCAGCCUUUGCACAAUCCCUUGUACAUCGUCAUAGAAUUUAUGCUGUGAAAAUGACAUUUGGAAAUAAUUUAUGUUAGUGUAAUGAAAAAUAUUGUAUCCCCCCCACCCUUUUGGGCUCGACUUAAUUUCUUUGAUAAACAAAAGAAAUUCAAAGAAUAGAUAAGAAACCUUAAAAAAACGUUUUCAAAGUUAUCCAAAAUGUAAUGCGUCUUCUGAAGAGAUACACUAAGAAUUGAAUAAGGUAUCUAUCCAAAUAGCCAUACUGAACUGAAUUUGGUUGUACUUUUAUUUUUUUCUAUUUUUCAAGAAAAGCUUCCAUAAGGUUGACAUUAGCUGGCAGUCUGAUCAUAUACAUGUACUACCUAUAUGUCAGGAUAGAUGUUUGUCACAUUCAUCACUUCGAUAUCUUUGCUCACAGUGUAAUGGUGACGUGAUGGUGUCAUUGUAGUGCAUAUUCACAUUAUUCAGUCGAACGGGGUAUUUUAGUUUUUAGUUAUGAAUUAGCAGUAUCCACUAUCACAGCUUUUUUGAGAUGUGUUCACAUUUUGUAUUCCAUUUCUGGAAAUAUCAAAAUGAGUUUUAUGGCAUCACAGCUGUUUUUUCCUCCCAAAUAUACUUUUCGUUGACUGAUUCUUUGGUCCCGCUUAGCUGGGUUUGGGCUGAUAAGCCUCUAAAUACUUGACUUAUUUUAUGUUUACGGAUGUCAAUAUUCGGACUGCCACAUGGUCACGAGGAGGCUGUCCUAAUAUGGACACCUGCUCUCCAGGUGAAAUAAACCAUGAACUACAACUUAUUUCCCAAUAAGCACUGGUUGCUAAACUAACCCCCUCAAAAUCAUUGGAUAAAUAAUGCCCAGGACUGUAGCAAGAUUAUCAGAGGGUUAAUCACUCCUUGGUUGGGCUUAAAGGUCUCAAUGUAUAAUAAGGCUAUUGGUAUUAAGGACUAUCCAGGAAAGGUGUGACCGUUUGACUGAAGUUAACAAUCACCCAAAGAGACAGGAGUCAUAUCACAUUGUUCCAUGAAGAUUUUCACAACUAAGCCAAAGAGACUAGGUUUUUUUAGACCAACGUUUUAAACAAUGAGGAGGCAUAGAUGCAGUAAAGAGGCCAAUGGAACAUAGACCAUUGGGGGAUAGAAGAAGGACACCGGAUUGGCGCACGUUCAACAAAUCUCAAAUCAAAUUGGAUUGGUCAGGUACACGUGUUUAGCAGAUGUUAUUGCAGGUGUAGCGAAAUGCUUGUAAGAGCUAGAAGCGAGGCAGCCCUCUCUGUCGGCUCCAUUUCCUCCCCUAUCUGAUCCUAACAAUGCCAAAUCUGUGAUGAUUUAUGUAUUGUAACAGGUCCACAAUGUCGUUACUAAAGUUCGAUUUGGAUAUAUUUGGCUGUUUACGCUGCAUAACAUUUAGAAGUAAGUCCAUUUUCAGGUUUAGAAGAAGUGACUGCUAAAUGCUAACACCUGUUCGUAAAAGCUGGUAGCAUAGCUAGCAUAGAAAAAUCGGUGCUGGUAGUCAAAGUCGUUUUUAACUGUAAUGCAGUUGAUUGAUGAGGAUGACAUAUGUAUUGGGGUUGACAUCAAUACAAGCAUUGUACUCCGAUUUUUUUUUUUUUUACCUCAGCAUAGUUUCAAAGACAAUAGCCUAAAUGUAGGCACAUUUUCCUGGGGGCAAUAAAGAGAUUCGCGAUCUUUCCUCCAUGGCUUCUUUCCCCUGUGCGUUUCCAUGGCAUUUCCAUUGUUUUGGUCGACUUCUAUUGACCUCAUUAACCGCAUCUAUCAUUUCAAAACCAAAUAUGUCAAAUGUUCUGGGGAUUCUUAAGUAUGUCCUCUUUUGUUUACACAUUUUCAAGUAAUUCAUUGUAUUUGAUUUUUUAAAGGAUUCUUUGCAUCAUUUUGAAACACCAUGGGAAAUGUUCCCACAGAGUAACAUUAGCUGAGAUUUGCACCGUAUUGCAAGUUAAGGGGAAAAGUAAAGACCCAUCUGUCUAUAGACAGUUGAUUUUACUGAUGUAUACCAAAAUACAAUACUGUACUAGGCGUCUAAUUAAAAUGCAGUUCUUUACUCAUUGAUGUUUCACUUUGGCAUUCUGAGUAUGACGUGGUAUCGAUCUCUGUGAAUGCUCCUUUUUCUUUUAAACUUGGGAUAAAGGAGAGUAUUGUAAGUAAAGUAAGUCCUAAUGUCUAUUAUAAUGAACUGCCUUGUUCAGAGGUUUUGAUUCAAGAUUUUCCUUGUCCCCGCUACAUCAAUAAAACAAAUGUAAAAAGCUAAGAA